UAAAAUUUUGGUUCGAUCUAUAGAGUUCAAUUUCCACAAAUUUACUAUUUCUGUUGAUAACUCUAGAUGUUAUCAAACUUACAUUAGUACCGCCGAAGAAUUAUUAUUAGCCACCCUGUAUUGUUUUACCCAAUACUAACAGGGUAAGAAUGACCGAAUUACCAGCUACGCUCUAAUGCCCGCUGGCCAAAAUUCGCCCAAAAGCACUGAACCACACAACUCUUGCACGUGUAGUCUGUCAUCGAAUCAACUUUCAUUGAUCUCCUCAAAAUAAUUUAGACCUCAUUUCACAAAAUCGAAUCUCAAAACAACCUACCACCGACAAAUAAUUGCGCGAUUAUUCUGUAUUUAUUUAUUCUUCAUUACAAAAAACUUCCAAAAAUCUUUCAUUUUUCAACAAUUUAUUAUUGCCAGGCAUAUAUUGUUUUGACUGAAUUUUGUUUAACAAAAAAUUUACUGAGAUUUCUGUGCAAUCUUUCGUCGAAAACAAAAAUUGGUAAAAUGAAUGGUAUAUGAUUAUUUUAACCCAUUUGGCGAAAGAAUUAGCGCGUUCUUACCCGCAGUAAGAUUUUAUCCCGAUUUAAAUUUACACCUGGGCUUUUGUUAAGCGGAAUUGACGACAUUUUCCACUCAGUGAUUGCAUAGGUAUGUGAACAAAAUCAUCCACUAUGAAGCUUAAUGUUGUUCAAAUUAAGUAACUUAUGACGCGAGCGGUUGAUAACAAACUUAUAACUUCAUCGGUUUAUUCAAACCGCAUUACUUAGCUUCCUUACAUCGCCUCAAAAAACUUCGACCCAAAAUUUAUUAUUAACCGGGAACUGUUGCCCUAAAUAAUCUGGCAAAACUUACAAAAUAAAAUUAACGAUCUCUGAAAACAGAAAGUGAUUUUUAGUUUAUUUUAACAACUGCAGUUUGCCUUAUUUUCCUUAACAGAAGCUGAAGUAAAAAGAACCCUCUAUUUUCUGCACCGGAGGAAGGCGAAGCCCAACAUGUCGGGUACAUGUGGGUUCGGUGGGUCAGGGACAGGUGCUGGGGGAAAAGGAGGGAGGAAGAAAGACCAGAAGUACGUGUUCAAUGUGGGGGGAAUACGACACGAGACAUACAGAAACACUCUCUACAGUGUGCCGAAUACACGACUCUACUCGUUGGCUAAGAAAAACCCGAGAGACGCGGAGGAGUAUGACUCAGACAGUCGGGAAUUCUUCUUUGACAGACACCCGGGGGCAUUUGAACAGAUAAUCAAUUUCUACAGAACAGGUAAAUUACACUGUCCGAUGGACAUCUGUGGUCCCAUGUUCGAAGAAGAGUUACGUUACUGGGGAAUAGAGGAAAAGCUAAUUGAGCCAUGCUGCUGGAUGAACUACAUCAAACACAGGGACGCCGAGGCCUCCAUGAACCUGUUCGAAGGCAAUGGGCCGAGCAGUGUGAACACGACAGAGGACGAGGAGGGUGACCUUGAACUGUCGACGACAGCUGCCAAAUUUGGAAUGAGUGAGAGUAGUAGAAGGAGGACCAAAACGAAGUGGGAGAGAAUCAAACCCAAAGUUUGGCGACUCAUAGACGACCCCUACUCAUCAUGCUGCGCCAAUAUUAUCACUCUCGUCUCUAUGACGUUUAUUGUUGUCUCAAUCAUCGGAUUUUGUCUCGAAACUCACCACUGGGGGAGGGUCGAAGUAACUCCCCAACCCCCCUUAUCAUCAUCAACGACAACAACAACAACAACUACCCCUUCCAAUCCUGUCAUUAACACCACUAGCCUUCAGAGUGCAAUCUUACCACUCAAUCACCCCCCUCUACCAAAUCCUUACCAAGACCCCUUCUAUUACCCCGACUUGGGACCCCCUCCGAUGGGUGGGAAGCCCAAAAAAGAAACAGUUCCCAAACGAUACUUGACCAUUCUGGACUACGUCUGCUCAAUUUGGUUCACGAUCGAAUUUAUAGUGCGGCUCAUUUUUUGCCCAAACCGAGUUGUAUUUUUUAAGACGAUGCUGAACCUAAUUGACCUUUUAGCAAUUGUGCCAUUUUACGUGCAGAUUCUUGCAGACAAAACUGAUUUAGUAGUUUCAAUGUGGGAAAUCAUCAAAAUCCUCAGGAUAUUCCGAGUUUUCAAACUAUGUCGCCACGUAAUUGGACUGAAAGUCUUAGUUCAUACUUUACGUGCAAGCGCUAAAGAGUUGAUUUUACUGAUCGUUUUCCUAGUUCUGGGAGUAGUUAUUUUUUCAAGUUUACUUCAUUAUGCGGAAUCUCUUGACCCCGAUAAUGAUGGAGCCAUAGAACAGUUUGACAGUAUACCAGCCGGGUUUUGGUGGGCCAUAAUAACCAUGACAACAAUAGGUUACGGAGACCAACUUCCCCAGACAAUGUAUGGCCGAAUAGUCGGAGCUCUCUGCGCAAUUUGUGGAGUACUAACUAUCUCUUUGCCGGUUCCUGUUAUUGUAAAUAAUUUCACAUUAUAUUACAAUCACGCUCAAGCCAGGCUAAAAUUACCCAAGAAAAGAAGAAUUGACAAACUCGCAGGCGCUGCAGAGGCUUUAAAGUAUUCAAAGCACGACGAACCGAACAUGCUCGUGAUGUCAGGUGCUACGAGACCGAAUGACGAGUCGACAGUUGGAGAUCGAGAGGACUCGGAUUGGGAGCCCCAAACGAGAUAUAAAACGAGCCGAGAAGCGAGACGAUGUGAGUCGCCAACUCGGAGCGACUUCGAGCCGAUGUCUCCCGAAUCGAGGAUUAACACGAGCAUAUCUGUCGAAUCAUUCCGAGGAACUAGAAGACGGUCUAAUAGACCUCGGAAGCCAAAACAGAAGCCCCCGAAUGGGUCGAAAAAAGAGAAAACGCCAUUAGCAGACUCUAUCUUUAUCACCACAUUCUCCGACGACGACAACUGCUCGGACGAUAUGGAUACACUACGACAGACACAGGAGGAAGGUUACGACACGAGAGGUAAGCCGACAAGAAACGAGUACGACAGUCGGACUCCCCGACAACACCCGGGAAUCUUGAAGGAGAACAAGCCGACUUCAUACCACGGAAACAGCUGCUUGGACGUGCAAAUGAAUGGACCAAUUUACCCAUCUCCCAAUCAAUCCAUGCAAAAAUACAACACAAACGACGGAAUCAACAAAACUUCUGACUAUUAUUCUGUCGCCCCCAGCCGGUCAAAUGGCACAGCAUGCAAAAGCAUGCUCGAAAUGGCAACGCUCCAGAAAACGAAUUCUACCUCUACCGAUUCUAACAUAGAAGCUACGAGGCACCAAAUAUCGCCUAGUAAUGUUAGUAAUCUGAAGGUGCAAAGUCCUAAACUAAAACCACACGGAAGACGAAACAGUUUUAUCCCUCGUUUUUCCAACUUCGAACAUAGGAAAGACACCCAAGAUGAAGAGCAGUUCUUAUGCGUCGACGAUUCAGAUCCGAAUAGAUUCGAUCACGAUUUGGACAGAAACCGAGACGAUAACUCGAGAUCGGCACGGGCGGGGAGAAACUCGGGCAGGCGUAACGGAGACGGGGGAGGGGGGAAGCAGAGUAAAUACCCCGAGUUUAGCUUUAGAGUGGAAAACAGUGACGGGGGUACCUCGCCCCCUCUCGAGAACGAAGUGUCGACAACAGACGAAGCUUGCUACCUCAAAUCUUCUCAUGGUCAAAAAGGGUUCAAAGAUUUCAAUCGGAGAUUGGAAGUUGACAAAAAAGAGUCCAUUCAACCCAAUUGACAAGUGAAAACUUCAAACUCUCAAUUCUUACAAUUCAUGCAUUUUGAAUUCACAUCCGAUUGAUCUUAAAAUAAAACUGAAUCAUAUUAAGCUGCAGGGCCGAUUUGUUUGUACCACUUAACCGAGAAUCUUUUAGAUUACAAAUAUUUAGUUUUGCAAAUUACAAUUGAUUCACUUUCCUAAUGUAACUUUGAUGGUGCUGCUUUUGUUUUUGUCAGAUUAUAUUGAAUUUAUAUCGGAUGUUUUAAAUUUCAAAAAAG